UUAUAAUAUGAGACGAUGAGGCAACUUGAGACGAACAGAGUUGCGUGAGGCUGUCGAGAGAGUCAUCUGCUGGACGGAGACGAGAGGAGAACGCGUGGCUGGCUGACUGACUGAAUUUUUGGUUUCCGAGAAAAAUAAAGGAAUUGAUCAUAGAUUCGAAUCAAGAUGGCGACUCCACCGAUAACUAAAACUUCCCAGGUGUCUGUGCAUCAACAUUAUCAACACGUCAUUGACACUAAGCUUCGCAACCUGUAUGCGGCCGGGAUAGAUGAAACCGUCCUUGUCGAUUUGGGUGUCCAGUGGCGAAAAAAAUUGGCCGAAAUGGGAACUGUGACGGAUUUCAAGGACAACAGGGUCAUGGAGGAGAGCGAAAUCCCAUCGACAUCUGCGGGGCCUUCGUCAUCAAUGAACGAUAUAGCUGAAGGGGAUGCUGUCUACAUCCUUCCACCCGCGCAAACGGUCCCGGUUUCUGUAUUUGUUCAACCUGUCGUUGGUGAUGGGCCAAGUGUAACUGUCACGGUCCCGGUGGCAGCUCUACAUGGAGGAAUAUUACGGCAAAUCAUUUCCGUGCCUGGAAUGUUUGAAGUUUCGGGCGAGCAGGAUUUCACUACGGUCGUACAAGCCAGAGUGAAUGAAGAAUUGCGCAAGCGUGGGCUCCACACUAUCGAAGGGCGAGUACCCAAGAAGAGCAGGGGGAUGGAACGUUGUGGUCGAUCUAGCAAAAUUGCUACUCGCGCCACAAGCGAUGAAGACGAAAGCGAUGUGGAUGAUGAGCAAGAGACUGAGCUUCAUGCUGGUCCUGUUCAAUCUAGCAAAAUUGAUAAUCGAGACAACGACGAAAAUGACGAUGAUACUCAAAUAAUUGAGCAUCAGGCUGGUCGUGGUGGAUCUAGCAAAAUUCGUGCUCGCCCGACAAGCGAUAAAGACGAAGACGACAGGGACGAUGAGCAAGAAAUUGAGCCUCAGGCUAGUCGUGGAGGCAGGGGUGCUGCUAAAGGGAGGGGACGCGGUGGAUCUAGCAAAAUUGUCAGACGUGACACGAGCGAUAAAGAAGAAAACGACAUGGAUGAUGAGCAAGAAAUUGAGCUUAAGCCUGGUCGUGGAGGAAGGGGCGCUGCUAGAGGGAGGGAACGCGGUCGUGGUCGUGGUCAAACUAGCAAAAUUGCUACUCGUGAUACCAGCGAUGAAGAAGAUAACGACAAGGAUGAUGAGCAAGAAACUGAGCUUACGCCUGGUCGUGGAGGGAGGGGACGCGGUCGGGGUCGAUCUAGCGAAGUUGCUAUUCGCGCCACAAGCGACAAAGACGAAACCGACAUGGAUGAUGAGCAAGAAACUGAGCUUGAGCCUGGUCGUAGAGGGAGGGGACGCGGCCGUUGAGAGCUCGCUGCUGCUGCUGCUGCUUUGACAGAAUUAACAGGACUACACGAUGACUCGGGACGAGAUGUCCAACUUUAGUUAAUUAUUUGUCAUAUUUUUUUAAUGGUUACAAUUAAUUUCAAAAUUUUAAUCAUUUCUUAGAAAGAAGUUUCCCUUAUGGGCAGUCUUUUUUAUGAUUUAUUAUACGUACUCGU